AGCCGUCUCACUCAAACAAUCGCCAUGCGUCUCUCUAUUCUCCUCGCGGUCUUACCUUUGGCAAUUGCCGCCCCGAUCAUCACUCCUCGCGCUGGUCAGGUGAUUCCUGGAAAGUACAUCAUCAAGAUGAAGAAUGAGGCCGCCCAGGAUCUGCUUGAAGAGGCUCUCAAGCUCUUAAACAAGACCCCGGAACACGUCUACGGAUUCGGCACCUAUAAGGGUUUCGCCGCAGAGAUGAACGAUGCUAUAGUUCAGCUCGUCGCUGCUCUUCCUGGGGUUGAGUAUAUUGAGAAGGAUGCCAUUGUGCAGCACCAAGUAGACCUCGUAGAUCGGGCUUAUGUUACCCAGUCAUCCUCUACCUGGGGUCUUGGACGUAUUUCCCACGUCAACAAGGGGGUUUCCUCGUAUACGUACGAUGACAGUGCUGGUGCAAACACAUGCGCCUAUGUGAUCGACACUGGAAUCUACACCUCGCACCCUGAAUUUGAAGGGCGUGCUACCUUCCUCGCCAACUAUGCUGGUGAUGGCUCAAAUACCGAUGGCAACGGCCACGGAACCCACGUUGCUGGUACAAUUGGCUCCAAGACCUACGGUGUAGCUAAGAAGACUAAGCUCUAUGCUGUCAAGGUCCUCGAUGCGAGCGGCUCUGGAACCAACUCUGGCGUUAUAGCCGGUAUUAACUUCGCUGCCAAUGACCAGAAGACCCGCAGCUGCCCCAACGGUGCUGUUGCUAACAUGUCCCUUGGAGGUAGCAAGUCUACUGCUGUCAACUCCGCAGCGGCUAACGCGGUCACUGCUGGUCUAUUCAUGGGUGUUGCCGCUGGGAAUGAUGGCGCUAAUGCUGCCAACUAUUCCCCAGCCUCCGAGCCUACGGUUUGCACUGUUGGCGCGACUGAUAGCAGUGACGCAAUAGCUUCCUUCAGCAACUAUGGGGCUGUUGUCGAUAUCUUCGCCCCUGGUGUGUCUAUUCUCUCCACCUGGAACAACGGCGGCACUAAUUCCAUCUCUGGUACCUCGAUGGCCACCCCCCACGUUGUUGGCCUUGGAGCCUACCUCUUGGGCUUCGAGGGCAAGAGGACCCCUUCCGCCCUCUGCUCUCGAAUCCAGACUCUUUCGAACAAGAACAAGAUCUCUGGCAUCCCUAGUGGAACUGUCAAUUACCUUGCUUUCAACGGAAACUCAUCUGGUUGAGUGAAUUGAUUCGACAAUUGCUUCGCUAGUUCAGCCUGAUAACAUCUCAUCAUACACGCGAAAAGAACAGAUGGGAGUUAGUGGUUUCUGGGAGUUUACGAAAUUGCGUGCUUUGGG